CAUGGGGCGGGCGGCGGCAGGCACCGUGCCCCUGUUAUGGGGCGGCCUCCUGCUCGCUGCCAGCCUCGCCCUAGAGCCGGCACCGCAGAGUUGCAACUGCACCCAUCCCCUGGACUUCCAGGCGUUCCGCACAGCUCCGCUCGCCGAGAGCUGCUGCCUCAACUUCACUGGAUCCAAUGUCACCCACCUGGACUGGGGAGCGCUGGUAGCGGUGCGAGGGCUGCGCCAGCUCUACCUCUCACACUGCAGCAUCACAGCCAUCAGCAACGCCCAGGGAGUCCCCCCGGCCUUGGAGGUCUUGCACUUAAGUCACAACCAGUUGGAGAGCCUCCCCAGAGGCUUUCUGGAAGAUGCCCCUAAUUUGAAGGUCCUCUAUCUGGAUGGGAACCAGCUCCAGGAGCUGCCCGCAUCCUUCCUGAAAGCCUCCAUCCAGCUCCAGGAACUCCACCUGGGGUUCAACGCACUGACCUCCCUCCCUCCCACCCUUCUGCAUCCAUCCCUGCUGCAGCUGCAGCUCUCCAAUAACAGCUGGGAGUGCAGCUGUGCUUUGCUGGAUGCCUUGCAGGGCACCCCCAGCCUGCCCGCCCAGCUCACCUGCUAUACACCGGAGAGGCACCGUGGUGCAGAGCUGCAGAGCAUCCCACGGGACGAGCUGUGCCAGCAGCACCAAAGCCUCACCGCCCUCUUCAUCUGCCUGCCUCCCCUCCUCAUCCUCGCAGCCAUCACCUGCUGCUUCUGCAGGAGGAAAAGGAAAACCAAUUACAGCCUUGGGAGCAGCCACACCUCCCCAACAGAAAGGGGCAAUGUGCCUGUUUGCCCCGAGCCGCACCGCUACGUCCCCUAUGAGCCAACCAGUGCCCCCUCCAAGAGCGAGGGGAAGGUGCUGCGGGGCAGCCGGGUGCUGCUGCAGCCCCCCGAGGAGAGCAGCAGGGACCUCUAUGAGGAGGUGGAGAUCCAGGUGGGAUCCCAUGUUCCAACCUACGAUGAGCAGCGGGACAGCCCUGAGACAGAGGGGGACACAGUGAGUGUCACCGACGUGCUGAAGGACUCCGCUGACCGCGAGAAGAUCUACAUGAACCAGUCGACUAACUAUUACAACCUGGUGCCUGGCAUCGAGCUGGAGGACUCAGACAACCUGGAGUAUGAGAACAUUGAGCUACACUGAUGGGUAGCUGGGCUGGGAUUUGGGAUCUGGCUGGAACAUACUGGUGGCUGUGGGGAUACGCAGACCAGUCUGCCAUUUCUUGCACUGGCUGUUUGCAGAGCUGCACCCCCAAAUUGCCACCCCUCCUGCUGCAUUCCCCUACAUGUGCCCCAUGCUUGCACUGGGCAGGGCACAGGGGGUUUUCUGUGGGCUGAUGGUAUACUUGGACACAAGGCAAGGAGAGGAGGUGGGGCUGUCCCAUCUGUACAACAGCACUGUGUGCACCAGACCCUCUGAGCAGGUUCUAUGUCCUCUCUGCAUCCAGCUGCAUCCAGCACAGCUCUGCUGCUUCCCAGCCUACACAUAAUGGGACCCAGGGACAAGAAAUGAGAUCUGCUUACUGGGUCCCACAUGGGCAGCCUGGAACAGCCCUGCCUGCUCCACCAGCACACCCUGCCGUGCCCACUGCGUUGUACACAUGCACACACGCAUGUGUGAGCACUGGGCAAAGGUGGGCUCGACUGGGGCCACGAUAGCAAAGUGCUCAUGGGGUGCAGCCUUCCCUGCCCAAUGCAAAAUAAAUCAUUGUACUCCUGGCA